GCCUUCUCACCUUCUGAUUCUCAUACAUAAAAUAAUGGAUGGUACUUUGUUUUGGAUUCAGCCCGAGUGCGGAUCCGGGCAGAUACAAGAAAACAGCAGCGGUCCACAAAUGGUUUGCCAUGAGUGUGGGUUCGAGCUUUGUUUCACUCAUGAUGUGCCUUGGCAUCAAGAUCUUACUUGCGAGCAAUACGAUGCAAAUCGAUCGCCGUCCAGGGCCACUAAAAAGUAUCUGCGUAGGAACACGAAACAGUGUCCCGGCUGCACCUUCCACAUCGAGAAAAUCGAUGGGUGCAAUCACAUGAUAUGUAGUGAAUGCCAGUGUAACUUUUGCUGGAGUUGUAGUGGACAAGAAGGACGUCAUACGUCUGCAUGCGAAGAUCACCACUACGACGACGACGACGUAUCGGGCAGUGACAACGACGUCGAAUUGGGCAGCGACAACGACGUCGACAAUUUUAGUUGGAUUGACAGAUUUGGCAGUGGCAGUGACAGUGCAUGAGAGGUGUCAGUACAACAGUCCUCAGUACGGCAGUCCAUUCUCUGAAGUUUUUGUUAUACAAGCUGGCGAGAUAUAGUCCAGUAAAGAGAGAAUCCAUC